AUGGAAGUGUGGUGGUUUUCUCGAGUAAUAGCUCAUCAUCCUUGUACCAUUUUAAUGGCAAUACUUAUUUUCUCUUCAACAUGUUUGAUUGUUCCUUUAGCUGUUAAAAAGUUUCCAGACUUCUCAGAUCCUCAAUUAGGUUUUGAAGCAAGAGGUACAAUAUUAGCACAAAGGCUUAUAGCUUGGCAAAAUUUAUUAGAAGCAAAUAAACCAAAAGGACAGUUAAUUGAUAAUCCUUUAGAAUAUUACAAUUAUGUGCAACAAUUAAAUCAACAGAAUUCUAUUAAUAUACAAAAUCAUAGCUGGGUUGGCCAGGGUAUCAUAAGGAAAAAACCUAAAAACAAGAAAAAAGGAGGAAAAAAAUUUCAAAAACAAGCAAAUAAUAAAGAAGAAGAAAUAAAUAAAAUUGAAGUUAAAGAUAAAUGGGAAGAAUUGAUAGAGUUAAAAAACAAAAAUAAAUUCGAUAUUGUAAAGGAUUAUAAAAAUCAAGAUCAUGUGGAUAGUGAAAAUUUUUUUUGUAAUUUACCAUCUUCUGCUUAUGCACGUGUGGUUAUUGGUAGAAACUCUAAAGAUACAAAUUUAUGGUCAAUGGAAGGUGUAUUAGCACAAUGUUAUAUUGAUGCAGAGAUUAGAUCAAAUUCUCACUUUUCUUCAUUAUGCCAAGUAGAGCACAAUAAUGCAGAACAGAAAUGUUGUAGAAGUUGGUCACCAGCAAAUUAUGUUGCACUUUUGUCCAAUAGAAGUUCUUGCUUGGGUGUGACAGAAAAUGAUCUUGGUCGGGUAGAAACACUUUUAAAAAGAUGUGUUUAUUUUUAUCAAAAUCAUCAUUUAACAUCAAAUUGUGCAGAAGACUUGAAUUGUCAAAGACAUGUUCCAGCUGAAUGUUACAUGCAUAAUGCAGCCUAUCAUUUGUUACAUUACUUAUUGGAUGUUGAUUUUAUUUCAGAUCAUAAGCAAGAUUCUCAAAAUGAAUUAAACUCAACAUUAAGAUAUGGCAUGUUAUUUUUGCCCAUUGCUGCAAGUUCUGCCACUUUAGAUUUUUAUAAAGGAUUAAACAAUGGUGGUUUAUCUUACGGAAAAUUUUGCGUGAAAGGAAUGCAGUUGGGUUUAAAAAGUACACUGUUUGAUCGAUUAUUGGUGUCAGAUUCUAUUUUAUUGCUUACUGGUUUUGCCUUUGUAACAAUUUGUAUAUGGGCAUAUACUGGCUCUUUAUUAUUAACUAUCACAACAAUUAUUGCAGUAAUUUUUAGUCUUGGCAUUUCAUAUGCAUUGUAUACUUUAGUUUUACAUAUUAAGUUUUUCCCAUUUAUGAAUCUAUUGGCAAUCAUCGUAGCUGUUGGAAUAGGAGCAGAUGAUGCAUUUAUAUAUUGUAAAAUUUGGGAGAGAGGAAAGCAACAAAAAAUAUCAAGUAAUGGAUUGGUUAGAUUGGUGCAAGAAACAAUGAAACAUGCUAUUCCAUCUAUGUUUGUUACAUCUUUAACUACUGCAGUAGCAUUCUUUGCAUCAGUUGUUAGCAAUGUUACCGCUAUAAAUUGUUUCAGUUUAUUUUCAGGCAUAACCGUCAUUGCGAACUUCUUUUUAAUGAUUACUUGGUUGCCGGCAUGUGUCGUUGUAUCAGAACGAUGCAGAUUAGGUGUUUUAUCACCUACAAAUUUUAUAACGCGAAAAAUUAUACGACCUUUACGACUGUUUGGGGAUAAAGUAACAAUAGGUUUUAAUACUUUCCUUACGAGGACAGUUAUUAAUUUUCGAUGGUGUUGGCUGUUAAGCCUGGGUAUCAUAGCAGUAAUAUGUUGUAUUAUUGUUUUUCAAUAUCCAGGCCUACAAUUGCCAGAUACUGCUAAUUUCCAAUUAUUUGAUAGUUCUCAUCCAUUCGAAAAAUAUGACCUAAUAUAUUCUCGUAAAUUCUGGUUUGAAAAACACGAAACAAUUGACAAUGGAGAUGUACUGCCAUUGAGAUUUGUAUGGGGCAUUAAACCAAUUGAUAACGGCAAUUAUUUAGAUCCUGGUCUAAUUGGUACACCAGAAUGGGAUGAAUCUUUUGAUGUAUCUCAUCCAGAGUCACAAUUAUGGUUGGAAAAAUUUUGUCGCGAUUUACGAGCUCAACCUUUCUAUCGCAGUACUUUAGGACCUUUACUUCCUAAUUGUUUUAUUGAAUCAUUAAAUAACUGGAUGCAACGACGUUGUGAAGAUCCUAUUGACUCACAUAUUAAUUAUAUGCCAUGUUGUGAAAAAAGUACAUUUCCAUAUAAUGCAAGCACGUUACAACGAUGUGCAGCUGCAGCUAGUGCGGAAAUGUAUCGCACACCUUCGUACUUGUGGGUUCGUAAUGGUGUUUUUGCCGGUUUAAAAUUUUUAAAUGAACCAAAUCUCACGCAAUUACAAGUACUAAACGAAACAAAUGCUGUAAUAAUGCCAAUACCUAAAAUUAAAGCUCUAGUCGUCGAAUAUGACAGUAUAUAUAAUUACAGUCUUUCCUUUUCAAGUAUGGAUCAGUUUUUUCAUCAGGUUGAAUCUUGGAUGCAAGAUCAGUUACGAAAUGCUCCAUUGGGAAUGCGCGGUGGGUGGUUUGUUAGUAGACUAGAAUUUUAUGAAUUACAGCGAACAUUGUAUGAAGGUACUCUUUGGGCAAUGGGAGUUUCAUUAAUCCUAGCUCUCGUAGUAUUGGCCUUUGUGACCUUCAAUCCUCUUAUCAGUCUAUACGCGAUUCUAACAAUUGGUGCUGAAAUUACAGUAACAGUUGCUGGUCUAAUUCUUCUUGGUUGGAAACUAAAUGUCUUAGAAAGUGUUGCUGUAUCUACAGCAAUAGGUUUAACUGUAGAUUUUAAUUUGCAUUAUGUAGUAAGUUAUAGAGCGUGUACUUCUAAAGAGAGAAAGGAUAGAGUAAAAACAGCCCUUACACAAAUGGGUGGUCCAACAUUAAUGGCUUCUCUUACAAGCGGUGCCGCUGGUGCUCUUAUGUUACCUUCAUGCGUAUUGGCAUACAUUCAAAUUGGUAUAUUUUUAUUACUCGUUAUGGGUGUGAGUUGGAUCUAUGCUACAUUUUUUCUGUGUCCAGUACUAGCAAUUAUAGGUCCAUCAUCUCAUUUUGCUCAGUUUCAAUAUCCAAGAGCUGAAUACAAUAUCGGCGGCCUCGGUACAAGUCGAUGGCUAGAAGCGCUUUGGGAACCAGCUGCACAAUUGUAUACCUUGCCAAAUGCGCUUGAUAUGUUGGAUGUGACUGGCGAUGGAGAUGCUAGGCUUAUUUGCGCCGAUUUGGGGACACUCAGUGUCAAUUCUGCUAAAAUACGAGUUUACAAAGGAGGCGAUCAAGUGACGGAACACAACAUGAUAAAUCCACCCUGCGGAGUGGUUGGUUUUUACACGGAAAACGGGGAACCCCGAUCGUCCGUGUUAGCAGUGGGAGUUGGUUCUAGCAUUUGGCACAAGGCUGGACUAGACGAAGAAUUAAACGUGCUCACGUUAGCCGACGAGCUGGAUCUAUUGUUAAAAGAACUCGGAGCAGGAUUUAUCUCUCCACGUACAUUAAAAUUUCUAUCUAUGGACCCAAAUUUAAGACCCAGCUUCGCGGAGCAAUACAGAAGAGUUCCAUUGGUUAAAAGCAACCCUUUACCCGCUCUUGCCGUGAUACGAAAAGACACGUGGAACGAUCCAGCAUGUGGUUGUCUUGUACUAGGCACAGAAUUUGGAGAAAUGCUUAUUUUAGAUCCUCGGACGUUUUCCGUGAUGGAUAAACACUUGUUAGAAUGGCCUCCAGUCGCGUUUGCUUGCACUGGUUUAUGGGCAGGCGAUGGAAGGAUAUUAAUGAUUGGGAGAGACGGAAGAAUAGGCGCGGUAAGAAAGGGAAGUCCAGUGAAACUUUGGGAAAAAUUACCCUCACCAGCUGUGAAUAUUUCGACGCUUAAUAAUAACGGAAUCGCGGUAACCAUUAUGGAUGGAACUUUGAUUGGUUUCUCAAGAAAGGGGAUUAAACUUUGGCACGUUCAAGUUCCGGGAGCGAUUUUGGACUCAGUGAGCCUGCCAGUACCACAAAUCGGACUCUCUUUGCUCGCAGUAAGCACUGCUGGAUACGGUAUUCGAGUGUACGAUGGAAAACAUCAUGUGGACACGUUGAAAAUUACGGAACCUGUGUCCGCGAUGAAGUACGGUCGAAUGGGCCAAGAGGAACGAACAAUGGCGAUGGUGACCAUCGGAGGUGGACUUUGCGUAAAAAUUCUAAAACGUACUGCCAACUUCAACACUCAUAAUACAGCAUCGAAUUCAACGUUGAGUGACGGUUCUAGAUUUGUAAUACCAAAAAAAACGCGAUUGUUUGUCGAGCAAACGAUACGCGAGAGGUCAGAGGCGAAGAAGAUUCACACUACUUUUCAACAAGGUCUUCUUCGACUACGACUAAUGGUGGCUAAAAAGGCAGUCGAAUCUUUGAAUAACAGUCAAGGCGCUGGAUCACAUAUGAUUACCAUGGAAGCCACCGUUUUAGGACUAGGACCGAAUUACCAGAUUCGAGUAUCACUCACUAAUAUAUCCGACGAAUUGUCCGACACAGACUUGUACAUCGUUUGUAGAAGCGAGAACACGGAUGUGAAUCCACACGUGUCGGAUGUGCCUCUGUUACCAAGCGGAAUUCCGAUUCCUUUGGUCGUUCGUGCAUCUUUAAAAGGCAUAAUAUCCGGGAAAGUGGAGAUUCUGCUGUGUAAGAAAUCAAGAACGAAACCACUAAUUGUGACGACAGUGAUCUUGCCUGCUGCCGAAGAAGACAUCGAAGUUUAA